CUGAGAGAUGCGGAACGCCACGUUGAUGAAAGUCAAAACAAUGAUAUCCAGGAAUUCGAGCAUGAAGGCACUGGCGAAUCGUUAGAGCAGCAGAAGAAGCGAAAACGGAAGGAGAGUGCUGCUCUGGCCCAAAUCAAGCAGAGUAAGGAAUUCGCCCGGCGCAAAGCACGACGAACGGGCGAGCCAGAUGACGACGAUGACUUCAUAGCCCGGGAGAUGAUGUACGAAAGGUCACGCCCCAUGCCAGGCCAGCUUGACAAUUGCGAGCUAUGUGGCAAACGCUUCACUGUUACCCCAUACAGCAAGACGGGCCCAAACGACGGUCUUCUUUGUGUCAAGUGCUCAAAGGCACAAACCGACAGCGAGAAGAAAGCCAAGGUCAAGAAACGCGGGUCAAGAAUCGGUCGACGCCAAAAUCAGAGCAAUCUUCUCGAUGGACUUGCUGCGCAAGGUGUUUUGAGUUUGGCCGAGAUGUGCACGAAGAAAGUUGCAGAUACUAUCAAUGAUAUUGAAGAGUUUGGUGACUUGCCACCCCAGUUACUGCUUCGGUUGAGUCAGAUACUCUCCAAAAGGCGGGUAAUGACACCUCGGACUCUCAAUCUCUUCCUUCGCCCGGACUUCGACCGCAUUGAUAUAUUCGAUGCCGCUAAACUUGAAACACAGGACUUCGAGAAGAUAUUCGCAAUCAUGCCUCGCCUGGCUCAUGUCAACAUCCGCUUUGCGGGGCAAAUGAAAGAUCAAGUGGUGAAGUACAUUUUGAGCCGUGAUUUUCGAAUUAAAAGUCUACACCUUGAUGCUGCAAACUUGCUGUCUGACACCUUAUGGCGAGAGCUAUUCCAAAGUCUAGGUUUACAGCUAGAGAGCCUCAAGCUGUCUAACCUAGAUUGCUCUUUUGAUAACGAGACUGUGGAGGUGUUGGCCAGCUGCUGUACCGCACUUCGAUCUUUGAAGCUGAAACAUUGUUGGAAGCUAGGGAACCGUUCACUUCAAGCCAUAUCAAAACUGAAAAGCUUGGUGCAUUUAUCUUUACACUUCUAUCAGGAUGUAAAGAGUGAUACUCUCCUCAGAUCCAUAUCUCAGGUUGGGCCGAAUUUACAGACUUUGUCGUUAGAAGGCUUCGCGACUGCGGAUGACCAUCUACUUGACACGAUCCACGACAAUUGCAGGUCUUUAAACAAAUUGCGCUUCUCUGAUAAUAGCACAUGCACUGACAAGGGAUUUGUUCGUCUCUUCACGGACUGGCCGAAUCCUGCUCUGGAAGUAGUGGACCUUUCCUCCGUUCGUGAUAUCGAUAAUGCCAACCCAGACGGGCCCGCAGAAGCCACAGGCCUCGCAUCUCAAGGGUUUGUCACACUGAUGAACCAUUCGGGCGCCAUGAUCCGCAAGUUGAAUAUAUCAUCCUGUCGUCACAUCUCACAUGCUGCUUUCGCCGAGGUUUUUUCAGAUGGGCGCACAUAUCCCAAUCUGAGGGUGCUCGAUGUGUCGUUCCAUACGGUCAUGGAUGAUUACCUCGUUGGUCUCAUUCUGCAAUGUUGCCCGAAAAUCCAGAAGUUGAUUGCUUUUGCCUGCUUUAAUUUGCGAGGUGUCGUCAUUCCUUCUGGCGUUGCACUGAUAGGUGGCUUGAAGGCACAAGACUCCAUCGUUUUGGAAGGAACCCACCAAGCACAGUUGUCGGCAUUCGGUGUUUAG